AACUGUGAUUUGGGUAAAAAGUAACUAACUUUAUUCUGAAUUAAAAUUCCGGAAAUGCUGCUGUUCAUUGCCGCCACCUUGACGCAGCUUCCUGCAAACACACACCGUCUCUUGGCGAACAUGGCGGCAACUUGACAACGGCAGCGAAGAUGAAGACGGCGAGGGCUUGAAAAAGGGAAAAGAGGUUUGUCACAGGCUGCAGGGCCCAUCCGGCCAACACGAACACAGACAGCUUCGCCAUGUUGGAAGAGGAUAGCGCCCUUGUCCCUGCACGACCGAGGCCGGGGAAAACGUAAAAACGCGUCGGUGAGUGUUUCGAAAAACGGGGAGUCGAGGCUACGCAGAGGAGCGGAGCGGCAGCGGCGGCGGAGAGCUCAGGGCGGACGGGGAGGACACAGGCUUCACCGGUCAGCCAUGGAGGAUGCGGCCCGUGGUCGCCAGCGUCUGAUUUGCCACCCGGCCCACGCGCAUUUUGAUGGGAAUUACCGCUGAACGCAAAAGGCAAGCCGGGACAACCCACCCGCCUGACAACUGAGGGGAGGAAAACGCGAAGCGGACCCCCACGUCAAUGACUGUUGCGGCAGAGGAGCCCCCACGGUGGAGUCGGCCGGUUCCCAAAAUAUGACCAGGGGUGCUGGGACGUGUUGGCAGCAAGAAGAUGACGACGGCUUCCAAAUCUGGCUAGAGCCCCCCCGCGACAACCAAAAGCCAUUCACCGACUCCGAGAGGGCGCAGAGAUGGCGACUGUCCUUGGCAUCCCUCUUGUUCUUAACCAUCCUCCUCUCUGAUCACCUGUGGUUCUGCGCCGAGGCCCGGACCCGGGUCAAGUUCGCACCCUCCCACCUCCUGUCACCCCAGACCCACUCAGCACACAGCAGCCUCAGAGGAAACCCAGCUAUUUUUAUAGGAAACUCCACAAGACAUCUGUGGCGGCUCGAAACUUGCCACCAGGAUAGUUUAUCUAAAGACUGCUUCACCCUCGCGAACGCCGACGAUUUGUGCGAGGGCCUCUCCGACAAAGAGGGCACCCGGGCUGUAAAUAUGAGCGAUUUGUACCUCUCCUUUUGUAACUCCUACUCUCUGCUGGAUUUGUUCUACGGGUCGACGAGUCCGGACAAUUUGAACUGCAGCCUCGAGUUGCUCACCGAUGACACCAACAGAUGCAGCGAGUGCGUGCAGGCGUACCAGCGCUACGACCAGCACGCCCAGGAGAAAUACGAGGACUUUGAGCUGCUCACUCAGAAAUACGAGCCGGGGGCUUAUUCGGUGAGGACGUGCAUGGAGCAGUGCAAGACGGCCUAUAAGCCCUGGCUGUGCGCUCAGUAUUUCCCCACCACCCCGCAUUCCUGUGAGAGGAGGGUCCCAUGCCACCAGUACUGCCUGGAGGUCCAGCAGAGCUGUCCGUUCAUCCUGCCCGAUAAUGACGACCUGAUCCACGGCGGCAGCCCGAGCUUCAUCUGCACAGGGCUCUUGGGAGAAUAUCUAUCAGACAGUGAAGCGGAGUGCUGCGAUGUCCGAUGGGACUCCAAAAUGGACAACCCUUCAGGCGAGACACUAAAAAGGACUGCAUCUUCCUGCCAGCCCGAGGGGGCCUCAGUCACCUCAGCUGCCACCUCGAGACUGUGUAGCGGGCGACUGAAGAUCUGCCUGCUGGCCCUUGUCCUCCUACACACUGUCAUCAUCAUUUCAGCCUCCCAUAAUUCCACGUUGGUGGGCGUGGCUGCCAUUUUCUCGCCUGAGGAGAGCGCUUCUAACGAGGAGUGAACCUUGGAGGAUGAAUUUGGUUGCUUGUAAAAGGUGAUGUCAUCCAGAGGAUUAUGGCUUUUACAAAUGGCAUGGCUGCCAGGGACACACCUGGCGAGACAUGCAGAAUAUGCCUCUACAAUCUACCACAGGAAGUGGGAAGGUUUUAACUGGAGCUAAGGGCGCUGGGAUUGGACAUCGACCAAACCGAGAUGUUUGAAAACCAACCCCCCUGAAGAACUGACCUCUUGCCACUUGAAACCUGCUCAUUGUUUCUAUUCCAUCCAAAUGUUUUUUGAGCAUAUUGUCCCUCCUCUUCUUCUCUCUCUCCCUCCUUUCCUUCCUUCCCUCCCUCCUUUCCUACCCUAACGUUUUCAAAGUGUGUCUGGAUGGCAGAGGGGAAAAUAUGGACAUUGAUGAAGUGUGCACUCUCACUCGUCAUUACCUUUAGAUUUUUGCUGCAUUUCUUUCAGGUGCCAGAAUGUUUUGACAUAUCAACUGUGUUCCACUUCCUGCUCUUCAUCGCCUUCGAGGCAUCUUCUUACAACCUUUGUAUGUGUUGCUUGAGGGGCCUGCCAGGACCAUCUGAUCCAUCGUCAUUCAUAUGGGUCUUGUUUCUCUGAAAACAAAAUGUAUGUUCUUCAAUAUUCUAAUGUUCUGCUUGUAUUUUGUCACACUUGGAACUUAUUUUCAACCCCCUUUUUGGCGGUACAUGCCUACACAUUUUAGGACCUUAAGUGCUCUGAGACUGGCUCACUUUCUCUUCUAACUUGUUGGGCCAUUGAGCAAGUUGGGAGUGACCAAGUGGCUAACAUAGAGAAGGGUUCAGCUAAUGAUGACAAGGUGUUGCAGGAGCUAAUGGGCUCCUAAACAGGAAGUGGUGUUCUCUAGGUUCUGAAGUGUUCAGUUUACCUCACACGGUAGUGUCGGUGUUGCAGAUAGGCAGCCCGGUGGCUCGUCUGAACGCCUCAGUAUUUAGAGAAGUCGUACAUAAGGCUGCAGGGACAACCCAGGGAUACUAGAGAACAGUUGCAUGAUGCCAAAACACCAAGGACCUCCUUUAUCAACCAUGUGUAUACUUGUUUCUACACACAGAAUCGAUUUUUUUUCCAUGCUUGUGAAACUCUGAAAAUGCGUCACCUGUAGGAAUUCAAAUUAAAACAUGAAAACCACCUGCAUGGUGAACAAUGUUAGCAUAUAAAAAAGGAGGAAUUGUUAGAUAAUUCUAUCAGACCUCAACAACACUCUGUGUUACAGCUGACCUCCAAAGCAUACUUCUGCAUAUCUUAGGUGGCUACUGUUAGCUAGUGGGACACUCUUCCAGUAAACCGCUAGCUAGCUAGAUUAAUAUGAAAGUCAAAAGAACAACUGAAAAGACAAUUAGUUGUAAAAAUCUGGAGGGACAUGAAGGCAGAUUUCUCUGUAAAGCAACAUAUUUGCUAACCAAUUAGCUAACAGCUAGCUUCAUCAUUAGAUAUUGUGCUAGCUAACAUUAUCACUUAGGAAGUAAUUCCUUGCAAGCACAUAAGCUCAGAUUUUAUAUCUUUCUUAUCAAAUUGUGUGACACAACCAAACUAGAGUAUUUUGCUCUCAGUCACUUUCUAGCUAAUGUAAAUUAUCUAGCAAGUGGCUGAAUGCUAACCUUAGCUGUUGUCUAAACCUAGCUAUGAGGUAUUAAGAUGUGUUGUUUAACCUUGAAAUAUUCCACUACUCCCAUCCUAACAAAAUAAAAUGGCCGCCAAUAAUAUGGCCAGUGCAUGAACUCAGCUCUAAAGUCAUGAUGCAUUAAGAACUUUCAGUACAAUGUGUUCGACCAUGACAUUUUGGGGGUGUUUAUCGCUACUUUUUUAUCAAGAAUUUCUGGGAACACAUCGACGACUUGUUGAUACACUUGGUUUGAUAAAUGAGGUCCCGGAUCUUCGAGUGCCUCUCUGCUGUGUACACCCCAGUGAGGCAGAUUCUGGCAAAUGGAGCAAUAUAGAAAAAAAACAGCCAGCAUUAGUGUCCUACUUUGUGGCUCUUUCUGCUACCUGGAAGUGGAGCGAGUGACCAGCAGACCAAUCAAUCAAUCAAUCAAUCAAUCAAUCAACCUGUCGACUCUUAAAUACCCUUAGACGAGCUGAUCAACUGCUAUCUUUCACAGGCUAGCAAAGGGCUGUGUUAGCAUCAGCAUACGAGGAGUGUGAGGAGUUUCCAAGGGCUGAUCCAUCCGAUGUUCUUAUCCCCCCCUGCAUAGCUGCUACCAUAUAAGUUCACACAGGGAUUAAGGACGAUUUAGAACUCCCAUUUUUAGCUUUGGGGACUCACAAAGAGAUGUUUAAAUCUGAUACCCAAGCAACAAAAAAAAAUGAAAAGCUAAUGUUAGCAUGCUAACAAAAAUAUUCAAAUAAAGAUGUUUAUUGGAGCAACUUGUUGACAGAUUGACAGCAAUUUAAGACAGAUUGGAGUUUGAACUCCAAAUUGUUCUUAACUGUGAAAAUGUGGUUUCAGUGCACUCCUGUUAAAUCCCGCCCUUACCUCGCUUCACAUCAUAUAAAGGCUGUCAGUUUGCUCUUCUCACACUCAUCACAGGAGUGGGAUGUCACAUGCAAAGUCAAGUCUACACUGGCCCCCAAAUCUCUCCACCCAGUUUACACCCUGAUCCCCUUUUUGCUUGAUAGUCUCUUGUGAUUGUCUUGUUUCCUUUACUUUUGUUUUCCUUGGCAAACUGUGAUAACGAAAAACGACAUUCCCUUGAAGACAGCAGCGGAUGUAACAGGCUCACUCUUUGUGCUCCGUCCCUUCGAUCUCUUAGCUGUUCAUGAUUUGAGUCCUGUGGAUCUAUGCAGAUGAACCCCACCACAAACCAACUUCCACCAACACCGUCACACCACCACCUUGUCCUUUCUGUUGUAAAUAUGUCCUUAGGAUGUGGAAUCCCAAAAUGGCCGCCCACCACCCCACACCUUCCCUUUCCCCAUCUUCCCGUGCCUACCCCUCACUGUUGGAAUCUCACUGUGUUUUCUGUUUGCCUCUUUGGUUUUUUGUCUGUUUUUUGAGAUUUUUGCCGCAUUUUCUGUUGUCUAAAGCAGUGGUGUGAGUUGAUGAGUAGGACUAAGUUGGAUGUUUAAAAGAUGAGAUGAAGAGGUCUUGAGAAAAAUAUACAAAAAAAUGAUGCUUGAAUUGAGAAAAAGGGUUCAAAUAUAGAGAAAAAAAUUAUGAUAAAGUUGUCAUAUUGUCAUACUAGAGAUGCUUUAGUUUGCUAAUUUACUUUCUUUUUUUUCUACAAAAAGACUUGGAUGAAAUUAUUUAUAAAAUGCGUCCCACGAGUCAUGAUCUUUUUUGGACGUAAAACAAAUACAUUUAUUAACAUUUUGUUCAAAAGAAAAAUAAAUAUAAAUUAUGUUAAACAUUA